AUGUCCCGGCGUUUGCUUAAUUCCGCGGCGCUGCUCCUUCUCUUUGUGUUGUUUUGCCGCGGCGUUGACGCCUCCGGAGGUGCGGGGGAGCAGAUGGAGUCGAAAGAGGUUGAACUCUUUAAACCAGGGGAAGUAACCGUGCCCGCUGCUGAAGAAGGAAGAGAAACGUUUGAUGGUUAUUCACUUGUCUUAUCAAUCCACGGUCAUUCCCUCGUUGACGUGAACGGCGCGAUGCUUGCACUUGCCAUUGGUGAGUAUGACGAAAGUUAUGACGGCAUGUAUUAUAACAUUUUGGCAAAAUACAACUCGUACGGGGACGUCAGUAAUUUGGAAAAAGACGUUACAUGGGCGGCAAAACAGUGGACGCCGAAGACUGUGUUUGAGCAAUUCAAAAAAGGCGGAUACCGUACGUUUCUGUUUGGCCCCAAGGCUGUGGCGAAGGCGAACAAAAUAUUUCUUCUUUUGUCAAACUUUACCGAGCAGUCCAGUGUGCCUUUGCAGACUUCAUAUUCCUGGGACCUUGAGUUGUUUGUGGGUGACGUUACGGCGUCCACGGCGGUACCAGGGGGGAAAACAGUGUCGUGGGAGGGCCCACGGUCGUUGAAGUCCACGCUACUCACAUUGAUGGGGAAGCAUUCAUGGAAUGUGUUGGAGGCCGCUCGUGGGGCCAGAGGCAUUGCAGUUGGGGGCACGACGGUUGUCUUCCCUCUCGUGGCAGUCAGCGAGAAGGCAGAAAAAAGGGAGAGAACCUGCACAGUCAUCUACUCCGAGGACGAUGGGGACACUUGGACAUUUCCGGACGCCGCUGCGAUUGCUAAUGACUGUAUGGAUUUCACUCUCCUCGAGUGGCAGGGGAAACUUCUCAUGGUCACCUCGGGUUCUGUUAUUCCUCAGCAGCUCAGGGUGUACGAAUCCGUUGACAUGGGGAAGACAUGGGCAAAGAUGGUGGGGCCAUUUCCACGCCUGUUGAGUCAAUUACGUUUGUUCCCCAUGCACCCCAGAGGCACUGACAUCAUAACGGCAACCAUUGGGAGCAAGAGUGUGCUGUUGUACACCCAGAUGUUGUUCGAGUAUGUUCCAGGCGAUACACAAGGUGCACGCAGAGUGAUGCACCUGUUCCUCUCUGAUUUUGUUCGCGCACAUGACGUUGGACCAAUAUUUGCUGGUUCUUUUGACCAAAGCUUUUUCAUCACCCUGCUGCACAAAAAAGGCGAGUUGUUUGCUCUCUACGCGAAGUAUGGUGAGGAUGGAGCAUCAGGCGGUCUUUUUUUCACGCGCCUCACGGAGCAGAUGCGGCAAAUCAAUUUCCUGCUGCAAACUUGGGAAGCUGUGGAUGACAGGGUCUCAACGCUUUGCAGCUCCAGUGCCGGGAAGAGCGCAUCAAAAGAUGCUGCCUGCGUUGGUCGCCUGCCAACGGAUGGGCUGGUUGCUUUCUUUUCUGACAAUGGCAACAGCACUCACUGGAAUGACGAGUACGGUGGUGUGGGAGCGACGGUGUCUGAGAAGGGGGUGAAGAAGGUCUAUAAUGGCUUUGAGCUGACAGGGGUUGAUGCACGUAUUUUUUGGCCGGCCGGCAGUAAUUAUAAUAAUGCACUGUACAGUCCCCGAUAUGAGGAGCUUACUGUUGUGGCGACGGUGACCAUCAACGAAGCCCCAGAGAACAUCACACCUUUGCUGGGCGUGAGCGUGGUGGGCUCAACCUGGAGAGAACUGAAUCUGUGGUACGACGAACAUAAGCACUGGAGGACGGAGGCAGGGGAAGGAAAGGGUGCAGGAACAAUUGCGUGGGAGGCGGGGAAGGCGUACCGAGUGGUGCUCACGGUGCGGAACGGUGAAUGCACGGCGUACGUUGAUGGGCAGCUUUUGGGGAGUUUGGUGGAGAAACACCCAUUUACUUUGGGAGCUCCUCCUAGGGCUGGGGUGCCUGCGCAGGAGAAGAUACCUGAAAUGGUUUCUCAAAUCUUUUUUGGGAGUGACGGGAUAAACCUGGAAGGAACAGUACGCUGCUUCACAGUGAGGAACGUCUUGCUGUACAGCCGCUGCUUCAAUGACAGUGAGGUUGCGGCACUGGAGAAGCGGGAAGACAGCGAGUCGUGGGGAGCAGCCGGCACUGACUCCGCGAAGGGCAAAGCAACCGGCAGUUCUGCAGAGGAAGACAGCGAGUCGUGGGGAGCAGCCGGCACUGACUUGGCGAAGGGCAAAGCAACCGGCAGUUCUGCAGGGGAAGACAGCGAGUCGUCGGGAGCAGCCGGCACUGACUUGGCGAAGGGCAAAGCAACCGGCAGCUCUGCAGGGGAAGAAGUUGGACGAGGCGGUGCAGCAGCGGCAGACCCAAAAAACACAUCCGUCCCAAUCACAAAGGGGGUUGGGAGCACAGUGGUGAAGGGGGCUGUCAGUGGCGACAGCACCGUCCGUGGGCAUCUGUGUGGAGUGCUGUCCCUGCUUCUGCUUCUGCUGGGGCUGUGGGGCGUUGCGGCCUUCUGUUGA